AUUUAUCUGUCCACGUUAUAUGAGCCCCACCAGCCUAGGUGUGCAUGAAGAAGAGAAGGCGGAAGCGAUGCAGGAGUAGUGUGCGGGAUGCUGUGGAGUGAAAGCGUCGUGGGUGGAAGGCUCAGAGCGAACCGGCGGGUGGUGAAAUACGAAUGGAUUCUCCGGAGCUGCUUCCCGCAGAUGAGAGAGGCAAGCAGCGCGAUCCUCCCGACGUCCUUGACCGGGUUUCCGGCGCGCUGCUGCAUGCCCGCAAGUCCGGUGGAUCAACAGGGGGAUUGCACCCGGGGGAGGGCGUCUGUAACCCGGCCCGAGGCAGCCAUGCCCAGAGUCAUUCAGCACCAAGGACGGCGCCGCGCAGGGGAGGCGCGGAGUUUAAACUCGGUCACCUCGGCGAGGAGAAAGUAAAGGUGUGUUGCGACGAGGAAUUAGAGACAUCUUUCACUUAUAUCGGAAAUGUUAACCUACGACUGGCCAGCCCGGAUAGCAAAAGUACUCACAGGCCUGUGCGCAAUGGCGAGCCUUGCUCCGAGACUUUACCGGAGUUUUCCUUCAUGUCAGAGGACGAUCUCUCCUUCGGGGAGGGCCCUGGGACUUCUAUAGACUAUGGCUUCAUCAGUGCAGUCACGUUCUUGGUAACCGGGAUCUCCUUGGUGAUCAUCUCCUACGCCGUGCCUCGCGAUGUGGUGGUGGACCGUGACAGUGUGUCGGCAAGGGAGAUGGAGAGGCUGGAAAUGGAGAGCGCGCGGAUAGGCGCCCACCUGGAUCGGUGCGUCAUAGCGGGGCUGUGCCUGCUCACGCUGGGAGGUGUGGUGCUCUCGACGCUGCUCAUGAUCUCCAUGUGGAAAGGGGAGAUGUACAGGAGGAAGGUAAUCGCUUAUUCCAAGCGUUCAGCCAAACUGUACGGCUCUAUCAGCCUGAAGACCAGAUCCAGCCCCAGCCACUCUUCCGCACAUUUGUCCCUGGAGGAAGAGAUAGAAGAAACUUUGGCUUAACAUGCUGCUCUGUCUAUGAACAUGUUGGGUAAAACAGGAAUUAAUGCCAUUCACAUACAUUAUCUAACAUAGUGUAGCCUAAAACUGUAUUCACACAAUCAAAUUCUUAAUUUGUUUGUCUUAUAAUGUCGAAAUAGCCUAAAUAUUGGUGGCUAACGAUGAACGAUUUGAUCCACAAAAUAUCUGAAAAUUGUGAUAAAUGUCCAUUUUAGAUUUUCAAAGUCCAAUGAGAUGUCUUUAAAAUCCUUUUUGCGUACACCCAAAACCAAAACAUAUUCACUUAAAUAUGAUAUAAAACAGAAAAAACAUAAAUCACCAUAUUUGAGAAGCUCAAAACAAUUUGCUGCCAGUUUGGCUUGAAAAUGACUUUCAUUUAAUCGAUCAUUUGCAUAUAGCAAAUACGUUUCUGUCUUAUAAUCAUUGCAUCUUUGUCAAAUUGUUCCCAAACGAUUUAAAAUGGCCCCAAACCACAAAAGACACUUGGGAGAUGGCUAAUAGCUUUGUGUCACAAACGUUGGAUCACUUUUUUUUUUUUUUUUUUCCAGGAAUGCAAUCUCUGAGAGCUUCCAUUUAUUAUUAAGACUAUUCAUAUUUAAUGCAACUGUCUCCAACAGAGAAAUCAUUCACAUACACAUUUGACGGAGCUGGGGAAAGUGUGUGUCCACAGGGCAUUGGAGUGGAGGAGAGAUGUAAAGAUGUCCCUGUCCACUGGGAUGUGGGAGCAUCAGCUUAGUGGUCCAGACGGUAAUAUCCAGUGACAGUCCCUCUGCUACAGUGCUGAGGUAAGCCAGUUUAAGCCCGGACUCAUGCAUCUCAGUCAACGUUCCACAUCAGUUUGAUGGCAGUGUGCAAUUUGACUGCAAUGGACAGCACCUCUGCACUGGCUUCCUCCUCUCUCCUCCUCCUCACCAACUCCACACAAUACUUCCCUUCCUCCUGCAGUUCUUUAAUGCUCACCCCAACCUUUGUACACUUGUAUAUUCACUCAUGUGGAAAGGGUCCUGGACGACCACAGUCAAGUGCCUGUGACAUUUCAACAAGCCUUUUCCUUACCUGCCUCCUCUCAUGUGAGGACGGACUGAAGAAUGCCUAAUCGCACAUGAAAGAGCUGCCCCACUUCCCAAAACCUUAAGCCUUCACCACUUCAAAGAGCCAAUUACAUUAAUAAAGUGAGGUAUCAGUCUUUUCCAAAGGUGAUAUUUGAUGGUAUUGUGAUCAUUUGUGGACUAAAAUAUUGCUAAAAUAAAGCUUAGGAAAAGAAGUUUAUGAUGGGCAGACUGGGUGAAAGAAUGUCAAUGCAACCGUGUACAGGAAAGUCAGAAAUAACUUCAUGUAACACUUUCUAUGACGGCCUUGUUAAUAUUGCAUUAAAAACCUACUUGUGAUGCAUUAUAAUCUGCUUAUAGCACUUUUUCUCUCACCCCACCAAGAAAAUUGCCUCUAUUGGACUCCUUAGUUUACCUCCUUGACCUUGCAGCAUCAAUAUGUAACACUUGCGCUUUUAUUGGCUAGCGCUCCAACAUAUUGUACAUGAUAGGUUUAGUGGCGGGACAUUGAUAAUAGAAUUGGCCAGCGGACCAAUCAGAGCAGACUGGCCUCUGGUUUGAGACAAAGGGUGAAAAGAGGUGCUGCAGCACAGGCAGUAUGAGAAAAACAAAGAGCUUUUUGAACAUUAAAGCAUGGAAACAUGCCAAAGCAGAGGCACAAAUAGACAUAUUAACCUGAAAAUGGGGCCCUUGAGGAGCACUCAACAAUGUUCAUGUCAUUAUAAUGCAUUUUUAAAUGAAUUAUGGUCAAGUAAAGCUUACAUUAUACAUUAAAUAAGGGUAAUACGUGGCCAGUAGGUGCUUUGAAUGAAGUUGUGCAUUUCAUGAAGUAUAGGCAGAUAUAAUAUGUCACAAUCUGGUUAUAAGUCAAUAUAAGUGAUUUUUAUGUCUCUAUUUAUAAAGGACCAUGCAUAAAUAUAUUUAUAAAAGAUACAGAUGAUGUAUGCCAGAUUUAGCUAUGUAGCUAAUUUUCAUUUCCAUCAUUAUUUGCUUAAAGUAAAACUAAAUCAUUAUAUCUAUGCGAGAAUAACACACACAUAAAAAAACUGAUGUAACGGGUCAUAACAUUUAACAUAUGAUCAAAAAUUAUAAUUUUUAAGUAUUUGUACGGGUUGUAAAUAUUGUAAAAAACAUGAUGAAUAUUUAUGACUGCUGAUAUCUACAAUUAUACAGUCCUAUAAGCAGAUUAUAAUGCAUAAUAUGUUUGUUUACGAUGCAUUAUACAUGGCUGUCAUCGAUUUUGUUACCCACGAUUUUAGCUCCUGUCACUGCUGUCUGCAGAGAAUAAGUAAUGCCCAACAAUUCUGUUGAAAACAUUUUUUUUUUUAUGUAUACCAUCCUGUAAGGCUCAUGAAUCAUGCAUGAAGCCCUAGCAUUAAUUCGCAUUUGAAUAUAUUCAUGUACACAGCCAACGACAAGCGCUAAUGGUUCUCGUGCAGUGUCACUGUUACCUUAGUUUCUCGCCCUUUGUUAUUUCCCAGGCUUUUAAUGUGACCCUAUUUCAAGGCUUACAUUGAAAGGACAUGAGUCAGCCUCUCAUAAUGAGAUGCGUAGGCUGAUUAUUCUGUGUUAAACUGCUCAAGGCCACACCGCUGUUGCACAUUCAUUCAGUUGCAUUUCUUUUAUGUACACUGUCACAGCAUAUUUUUCGAAGUGCCAGUCACAUCACAGUCAAGUGAAAAGACUGGAUCACUAAUGAGGUCUUAAGGCACAUUAUGGUUCAAAAUAAUAUGCAACUAACGCUAAUGUUACCACAGCUUUUCAUCUUCCGUAACCACAGACCUGACAAGUGUGUGUGCA